AUGAAAGCCAUCAGUAAAUUUCAAGGAUGUAUUCGACAAGUUGAGCACCUCAAUCCAAGCGGUGCUUCUGAACUUGAUAUUAUUAAACGUGCUAGGAUCAUAUUUGCAGAAGAUCCAGAAGAGAAAAGAGGAUUUCUAUUUGAUCAUGUUUGGCCGAUUUUGAAGGAUUCAGGGAAAUGGGCAAAUAUAAGCGUCAUGUCUUCUGCAUCUUCCAAAACUUCAAAGUCUCGCUUAUCUCAAGGAUCUGAUUCAAGCUCUCCUAUCAUCGACUUAAAUGAAGACAAUGAGGAAUAUACUCCUAAUGACGACGACCAUUCGCCAAUCAACAUUUCAACUAAUCGACCUAUUGGAGGGAAGAAAGAGAAGUUGAGAAGACGACAAGAAAUUGAAAGGAACCUUAACUUUGAAGCUUUUGCUAAAGGAAACCAAGAAAUCUUAGAAGUUUUAAAAAGAGGUCAAGAACAACGAGAAAAUGAAAGAAUGACGAUGAACCAGGCUAUGAUGUUAAAGGCUAAAAAUGAUAAGAAAAAGUUAGAUCUUCAGCAAGAACGACAAGAGAAAGAAAUUAUGCUAGUUGAUCUGGAAAAAUGA